UGGGCGGGAUAAUUUCAAAAAGUAACCGCACAAUUUCACUUCGAGAACACGCAGAACGCGUGAAAAUGGCGGAAAACGGCGAGCAACGAGGAGAGCAGUGCGUCCGCACUGAAAAGGAGCUGCCGAUUGCCUUCGGAAACUUCACCAACCAGGAGAAUUGGGACUUUUUCUACGCCGCAAGAGGCGCCGGUAAUUUCUCCGAGUGGUACGCCGACUGGCCCCAACUCCGGAUCUUACUCAGGAACCAUCUCUCGCUUCCGCCGCCGGAGGAGCUGAGUAUUUUGGUUCCGGCGUGCGGGAAUUCCAGGCUGUCGGAGCAUCUGUACGACGACGGAUUCAGGAAUAUAACAAAUGUGGAUUUCUCGAGGGAGGUCAUUUCCGCCAUGCUGAAGAGGAAUUUGAGAGAACGGCCGGGGAUGAGGUGGCGCGUGAUGGACAUCACUGAUAUGCAGUUUGCAAGUGGGACUGUUGAUGCCAUCAUCGAUAAGGGAGGACUGGAUGCUCUAAUGGAACCUAACAUUGACCCCAGAUUAGGAACAAUAUACUUAUCUGAGGCUAAAAGAUUGUUAAAAGCUGGAGGAAAAUAUAUUUGUCUCACCGCGGCACAAUCUCAUGUACUAGGUCUACUUUUUCGAAAGUUUCGAUUUGGAUGGAAAGUCAAUCUUUAUGCCGUUGCUCAAGAACCAUCUUCAGGAACCACCAAACAGCGGGCAUUUAUGUUCGUCGCAGAGAAAUAUAUUUUAACUGUCGUUUCUCAGAUAUCAUUCAUGGAUGAAUGUUCUGUAGAAUCCCAUGGUAAUCAGGUUCAAGAACUAUUUGAAGCACUUGAAAGAGAAAAUACUGUCCGAGCAGAAUACUCUAAUGGCACUGAUACAUGGCACUCGCUUAAUGACCUGAACCAAGGGGUACAAGGAAACAUUGGAGUGCUUGAACCUGGUCGCGCUGUAAAGCUUUUUUUAGGUGAAACUGGAGUAUCACGUUUCUUCUAUAGUGGUUUACUGCUUGAUGGUCGUCCAUUGCCAAUACCUUUCUCCGAUCAAUAUGGUGUAUUAUUCGUUCACAGCAUGCAAACUUUCCACGGGCUCCUCACAUCAAGUCCCCGACAAUGGGCCCUUGCUGUAUGCCACAAAGCUGCUCGGCUGUUGAUAGUUGUACUGGAUGCCAACCAUAAUGUUUUAGCGAAGGAUAUAGAGAGUGAUAUAUUUCGUUUUAUCAAACAAUUGGCCCCAGGGGAUAAUAUUGAAGAAGAUAAGAUUGUAAUUACGUAUGCAGAUGAAGGGUAUAAGCAGAAGAAAAAUUUGUAUAAGGUUACAUCUACCUUGACUGGUCCGAUUGCUAUAGAUGAUGUGAUCUAUUUCGAUCCACCGGGUGAUAUUCCUACACCUGGUAAAUCUAAGGAUUCCAUAUUCCGCCGCCUUCGCUUUGGAAGAAAUGAAGCUUUUGCGCGAUCUGAAGCUCUUUUAUCCACACAAGUUGAGAAUAAGAAAGUACCGGCAGCUUCCAGAACCUUGAAGAAAGGAAAACCGAGGAUGUUUGAAUCACAGCCAUCUGAUUCUCAAGCAUCAAGUGGUGAUACGAAAGUCGAUCACAAAUAUUUGAGUUCUGGAUUGUACAAGGGGUUGCUUUCUGGAUUACUGUUGUUUUCCAUACAUUCAAAAAGAACUAUCUCAGCUGGUAGAUUGGUCAAAACAGUAAUCAUCGGUCUUGGAGCAGGACUACUUCCUAUGUCUUUGAGAAAUUACGUACCUACUCUAAAGAUUGAGGUCGUUGAGUUAGAUCCUGUGGUUCUGAAUGUUGCUAAAGAGUAUUUUAGCUUUGAAGAAGAUGAUUCCUUAAAGGUACAUAUUACUGAUGCAAUGAAGUUUGUCAAAGAGAGAGCAGAAGGGAUCAACUCUUCCAAAAUUGACGUACUUAUAAUCGACGUGGACUCGUCAGACUCAAGUUCUGGUUUAAUUAGUCCAGAGGCAGAAUUAGUUGAGGAACCUUUUCUAUUGGCAGCAAAAGAUUCACUUUCUGAUAAAGGUCUAUUCAUCCUUAAGUUAGCCACAGGCUAUCCUGGUGUGAGGACUGCAGCGCAUUCAAAAUUGCAAACGGUAUUUAGCAGCAACCUCUUUAGCAUGCCCGUGGAUGAAGGUUUCUCUGAAUUAAUUUUCGCCCUGAAGAAGGAUUCUCCAGUCAUUGGAGAGGAAGAACUCGCUGAAGCUUGUGAGGCACUUCGAAGAUCAUUAGAGCAUAACAGUGGGGAUUGGAUCAAACAAACCUUAGUUGUCUCGAAGAAGAUCGCGCCACUAAGAAAAUCAUGAUGAAGAAAGCAAUUUAAAAAAAAAAAAAAAUUGAAUUUCUUGGUGAUGAAAAAUGGAAACAGAUAUUCAAAUCUUCUUGGUAAGAUAGAUACAAAUGCAUGCAGCUGAUGUAUAGAGAUAUUUUUAGCACACACUUACUUGUUGAUUACAAGUUGUAUGUACUGUACAGUUUAGUGAUUUUGAGCCAGAUACUAUUGAUAUAAUGAAUUUGCACAUAUUAUACCCUUUU